UCAGAUCACACAUCACAGGCACUCAGCUCACGCCUUUCAUGUGUGAGUUGUGCUGCUCACAGGCCGAAGGACACAUCUUGACCUUUGACCUGCAGGUGUAGCUGAUUCCUAGCAGCGUGCUGGGCCACGUCACUGCUGUCAAACUGAUGGAUUUAUGGUCAGCAGGCGAGUGUUGACUCAUUGUGAAACUCAAACAGCUGAGGGCAUCGUGACCAGCGUUACCUGCAGGAAAGGAAAAAACAUAGUUGUUCAACACCUGUCCAGGGCAGUCCACCAUUCUGUCAGGUGUGCCAGACGGCGGGGUUGAACCUUCACACCUGCUGCAGGUGGAGAGCUAACAGAUGCGCGAUGGAUGCCGGAGCAGGGAGUAACCGCGCGGUGGUGGUGUACAUGGCCCAGUUUGACCCCGGCGUGAGUCUGGGGGACAGGGCCGGAGCCCAGAAAGACGCCAAGAGACUCCACGGCACCCUCAGCAGGCGGGGCUUCGAAGUGGAGCUGCACAGCGACCUGAGCGGUGACGAAAUCUACGAGCUGUUUGUGCAAGAGAGCAGGCGGCCUGUGAAGGACUGCUUCCUGGCUGUCUUUUCGUCUCACGGGGAGGAGGACUGCGUAUUCGGAGCUGACGGGAAACCCGUCCGGCUGUCUCGAAUCUUCGCAUAUUUUGACAACGAGUGCAUGGAGAAUAAAGCCAAAGUGUUUUUCAUACAGGCGUGUCGGGGAGACGCUCUGGAUGAUGGAGUGGAGGUGGACUCGGCCGGUGAUGCCACCGACUGCAACUUCUCUCUCCACCUCUCUGCUCCUGUAGAUACAGCUGUGAUGUAUGCCACGCCCCCAGGUUACGGAGCCUUCAUGAGCCCGCUUGGAUCUGUCUUCCUGCAGACGUUCUGCACGUUGUUGGAGGACGAGGCCCAUCAGAAACUAGAGCUGACUCGCCUGAUGACCCGCCUCUCCCACAGGGUGGCCUACACCUUCCAGGCCAAAGGUCGUGAGCUGGGCGGGAAGAAAGAGAUGCCGUGCUUUCUGACACGACUGACCAGAGAGGUGUUCCUAUCCUCAGAGUCAGAGAGAGAAGCCAAGACUGCAGAUCUCUGAUCCUGGGAAAGGUUUUCCUAAAGUUCUUGAAGAUGUUGUGUCACCAUAAGGCUGAAAAUUUCUUGAGAAGUUUCACAAAUUUCUGCUGUUCAUUGAUCAACUUUAAUGUGACUGCA